AAUAAGUAAGAUGUUUUUUAUUUUCCGAGUUUAAGUAACUUUAGGGGGAAAGAAAGACAGUGAUAAUGGAGCAUGUUAAUGAUGAUUGCCUGGCUGAAAUAUUCAUGUAUGUGCCAACAUGUGAAAGACCAAAAAUUGCACUGGUAUGCAAAAAAUGGAAAAGUGCUCUUGAUAAUGCUUGGUUUAAUAUCAAAAAACUUGAAUUCACUUAUUGGCGAUAUGAUGAGUAUCCACAUUUUUUAAAGAAAAAUUAUCCAACAGUCGAUGGACAAUUCAAUUUUUUAAAAUCACUACUUUAUAACUGUGGUCGUUAUUUACGAGAAUUAGACUUGUCAGUCUAUCCUAAAUGUAACAUACUGCCAGUUAUUAAUGAAUAUUGUCCAAAUCUUGAAAAACUUCGAAUAAGAAUCGAUUAUAUUGAUGAUACUGAUAGAGCAAUAUUUAAUAAUGCAUUUAUACAUCUUACUAAACUAAAAGUAUUGAAAAUUAUAUUUGAUGGUUGUCUUUCUGGUGAAGAUUCAUUGGUACCUACAGCUUUAAUUAAUUCAUUGUUGAAUGUUGCUGAUACAUUGAUUGAUCUCAAUAUUUCAAAAUGGUCUGAAUCCAUUAGUGACAGCGCUGUAUAUCCAGAAGAAAUAACUAGUGUGAUGACUCAACUAAAGGCCUUAAGACAAUUUGGAACUGCUGGUAUACACUAUCCCGACAGUUUAGCUGACCUAAGUUACUAUAUGAACAAUUAUAAAACAAAAAGAUUUUUUUCUGACGACAGUUGUUACAUUAGCCAGGAAAUUGAUAGAAAGGAGCUCUUUGAAAAAAUCGAGGUAUUAAAUAUUAUGAGUGGGCUAAUUCCCGAUGAUAUUAUAUGUAAUAUUGCUAAUACUAUGAAACGAUUACACACACUACAUGCAUCAUGUCAAUGGCUGACCAAUACAGCUAUUGUUACAUGUACAAAAAUAAAUAAUUUAAAAUUUAUCAAUUUAUUGGGCUACAAUAACGUCAUUAAUGACUCUUCAAUUAAAUUGCUGAAAAAUUUGACACAUUUAAAGGUGCCAUUCAGCAAUAAAAUUACUGAUGAAUCAAUCAUUAAAGUUCUUGAAAAUUCACCAGAGAUGCAAAGUUUUAGCCUUAAGAACACAGGUAUAACUCAUAAAUUUAUUGAAAAAGCAGCAGAAAUAUCAAGAAAUCGUAAAAGGGAAUUAAGAGCAUGGGUUACACUCGAAUGUGAUAAGGCACAAGUUGAAUACAAUGAAUAUUUAACUGUUCGUUAUGUUAAAAACCAGGAACAACGAAAUGAAAAUUACAUAACAUAUUGAUUCAUUGAAAAUUUUAUGGUAAAAUAGUUUUUUUUUUUUCCUCAUCUCUUACUUUCUCUCUUUUUUAUCUUUUUCUUUUGGCCUCCUCGUCACUCUCCAGCACCCGAGGGGUUUGAUAUUGGCUGGAGGUCGAACAAAAGAAAAAAAGAUAAAUAAUGCAAUUUGUAUGACAAAGAAAAAAAAUAUAUUUAUUAAUUAUUAUUUUAUGUUUUUAUGAUUUUAUCAGAUUUUAUUUAAAUUUUAUCCAGAUUGUAGUGUAUACUGGCUGAGGGUAGUUUAUAUUUCGACCACUUAGCAGCGCAAGAAUCGUUUUCUAUUUUUGAUGAUGACAUCUAAGUUAAAAUAAAUAUUUUCCGGUAUUGUAAAAAAAAAAAAAAAAACAUUCUCGUGAUUUCAUAUUUAAACGCUGGAUCUGGCCCUGUAGAGCCUGUAGAGCACUUUUUCAUCUUAUUUUCACUUACAAACAUUUGAUCUUUUUUAAUAUAAUAUAUAUAUAUAAUACAUUAAGGUAAAAAAGUAUUGUAGUGAAUACCUAAUUUUAAUUUUAUCAAAUAUGAGUCAGUUCAAACGAUUACGUAAAUUAGGCUCGCAAGAAAUAAGCUUGAUAAAAAACUAUGAAGUUAAAAGUCAAAUUACAACACGUUCCUUAAGCAAAAAGAACAAUAAGACAGUAUACUCUCACCAUGAUGAUAAUAAUGAUGAUGAUAAUAAUGAUCCAUACGCCAAAGAUAUAAUGACAAUUGAACAUGUUAAUGAUGAUUGCCUGGCUGAAAUAUUCAUGUAUGUGCCAACAUGUGAAAGACCAAAAAUUGCACUGGUAUGCAAAAAAUGGAAAACUGCUCUUGAUGAUGCUUGGUUUAAUGUCAAAAGCUU